CUGAGACUCUGAUUUCUCUUUUCGUUGUUUCCCAUCUCAGGGAGCUUUGCGUGCAACGCUCUCUUACCUACCAAAAAGAUGGAAUUUUUCGACGAAGAAAGCCGACCGAGGUUCCUCUUCCAAUCUCGCGUUGCUUCUUCUCAAAACCCUGAAUCUGAAACCCAGAAGAUCAACAAACCCUUGGCCUUCAUCUGUAUUUCUGUUUCCAUUCUCUUGUUCGUUCUCUCAUUCUUUUUUCUUCAAUCCGAAACCCUCAAAUUCCUCUUCAUAUGGUUCUCUCUGUCCCUCCUUGUUGGCCCAUUCGCUCCGAUCUCCAUUACCGGCGGCGACAUUCGUGUCGGUAAUGGCGAGCCACUGGAGCCAUUGCCAGAUCUCGAUCCGGCCCUCGAACUCGAUGAAUCGAAGAAAAGAGGUUCCAGUCGACGCCAGAAAGUUCGGAGAUCUGAGGAUUCCGUGGUGAGCUCAUCGUCAGCGGUGGUUGCGACUGUUAGCAGCUCAGAGAAGAAAUUGGAGAAAAAUAGUGGAAAUCCUGUAUCUAACGGUAAUGGUAUUGUUGUUGAAGAGGAAAAGGAGUGGACUGACGAGGAUUUUGAGCUGUUGACGAAGCAGAUAUUGAAGCACCCUGUUGGAGAGCCGAAACGAUGGGAAAAGAUUGCUGAAGGUUUCCGGGGAAGGCAUGGAUUGGAGAGUGUGAUUAAGACGGCGAAAUCAUUGUCAGAGAAGAGACCCAGUGGUGGGGAUUCGUUCUCGCAGUUUUUGAAGCAAAGGAAACCCUUGGACAAGCGGUUGGAAUCUGUGAAUGAAGAAUCAUCAGUUGGGUCGACGGCUACUGUUGAGAUUAAGAAAGAAAACAACGCUUUGAAUUGGACCUCUGGUGAAGAUAUUGCUCUUCUUAAUGCUCUGAAGGCAUUUCCGAAGGAUGUUCCCAUGAGAUGGGAGAAGAUAGCAGCUGCUGUUCCGGGUAAAACUAAGGCUUCUUGUAUGAAAAGGGUUACUGAGUUGAAAAGAGAUUUCCGUAGCUCAAAAGCUAUUGCAGAGUCAUAAUAAGGCCGAAAAUUGGGGAAUUUUCCCAUAGUUUACAAUUUUUUUCUACAGUAUCAAUGAGGUAAGAGUUGCAUCGUUAUCUUGACCAAAUAUGUCAAAACUCAACUCAAGAUUACUGAGUAAUUUUGUUAGAGAUUCAACCUUUUAUUUUUAUUUUUUUUUAUUUUUUUUAUUUUUUUUAUUUUUUUUUGGCUUUCUUAUUUUGCAUUGUUUUAGAAUACUUAUGGGUCUGGAUUAUUAUUUCUUCAUUGUUAGUGUUAGACAGGAAGUUGGGUAGAGCUAUUUAGUUCUCUCUCGUGUUAAAUCUUAAAGAGAAACACAUUGUACUUCUGUUGAGAACUUCUGUAACAGAGCUAAUUUUGAGCAUCAUCGAUGAUUAAUCCCAAAUUCAUGCAAUAGAAUGUAGUUCUUCCA